AUGAGAAUACCACGAAAACGUUCCGUACAGGAGGAAGGCUCUGUAAUAUCGGCAAAAAACAUCGCAAUUGUAGCAUUGAUCUUUGGAUGUGCCUUUUUGGCAGUCUCGUUUCGCUCAAAUGAUGUCGUGAGACUGAUGACGGAAGUCCAACCUACUGAAGUUCAACCAAGUGCUGUUGCUGCUGCUGCUAAAGCGGUUCAAGCAUCUAGUUCAGUGGCUCAGAAAACAUCUAGUUCCAGUAUAUUGGUACCUCAACACUCAGGAUCAUCAGAUUUCCAGCUUGCAAACGAUGAAUCAUUUGGAUUCUUCACAGACAUUCCAGAGCGAGAGUGGAAGCUACUCAAGGAGCGAGUCAAGGAGAUUCAGCCAAAUAUGUGCGAUUGGUGCAGAGGAGGCAACCUGGCAAAUGCCUGGUUUCAGAAUCAUUUUGAACCAGAGUUUGCUUGUAGGCAUGAAAAGCGAGUUGGCAGACAGGGUGACGGAGGAAAAUGGAUUUGCGACCCUCACAGAUAUCUGGAGAAGAAGGAUUGCUUAGUAUACUCUGUUGGUAGUAACAAUGAUUUCUCGUUUGAAAGAGAAGUCAAGAAAGUAAUUGGGAAACAUUGUGAAAUCCACACUUUUGACCCCGAUGACUAUUCUGAACGUGCAAAAGAGGAAGGAUCAAUAUAUCAUCAAUGGGGAAUUUCCAAUGAAGCCUUGACAAAUAGGCGAGGUCAGGUAAUGAAGACCCUUCGUCAAACGGCCGAAGAACUUGGUCAUAUUGGUCGGACGAUUGAUAUCUUCAAGAUUGAUUGUGAAGGCUGUGAACUGGACUCGUAUGAAACUUGGGUGGACAGCUCCACCGUUGGAGUGAACCUUCAACAAGUGCUUGUCGAGAUUCACGCAAAGGGAAAGCCAAAUGCCAGAAUGAAUCAGGAAGUCGUCCAGCCUGCAACUGAAAACUUCUUCAAAGGCAUGCAUAAGCAUGGCUAUGUCAUCUUCCAUAAGGAACCAAACAUUCACUACUGGGCCAUGGGCAACUGUGUCGAGUUUGCUUUCAUGAAGCUAGCUCCAUCAUUCUUUGAAGGUAUGGACUAG